GUAACUCAUUUAUUAGCCUUUUUUCUCAAGACUCAAAUUACUUUAGUGAUGAAAAAUUAUUUUUUACGUCAAAAACAACCGCAAAUUUGAAAAGUUUCCUAUUCUGAUGAUUUUCUAAUAUGCUUUUAAGUAAUUGUUUCUUUUUUGUAUUGCAGUUACGAUAGAAUAUAAAUAAAUAUACUGAAGUAACAAUAAAAAAAUGAACUCAAAAGAAACAAAUCAUAAAGGACUGAGUGAAGUGGACAUUCAAGUGGAGGAAGUUGAAUCAGAUAAUAAUCUAGUGACUGAUGAAGAUACCAAUAGCAAAUCUACAAGAGAGAAUGUAUCUAAUAACUCACAGUCCUCAAGAAUGGAUCCUAGUAUUACAAAUUACGAAGAAGUAGGUGCUUCAACACAAUCGAAAUUUAAGUAUAGUGGCAGUCACAGCAGUAGUACAAAUAUUCCAAUCAAUUCUCACAAUCUAACAAUCAAUUCUAGUAAUUCUAAUGUUCAAUCAAAUCAUUUGAAUACUUGCUUCAAUGUUGAUACAUCACUUAUCGCAAUCACAUCAGAAGUUUCAUUUAAAACAAGUGAGAAUGAGUUACAAGAAGACGCUGAUAUGAUAAAUAACGUAGAUUACAAUUGUCAAAUCAAUAAAUGUCCACCAAAAGUGUCAUGUAGUACUCGUACAACUCCCGAAAUUGACUUAUCGUGGUCUCAGAGUUCAUGUGUUUCAGAGUGUCUUUUAAAUAAUAUCGGAGUUAGUAUUGGUUCAACUAGCCAAGGCACUUGCAACUUUUUGAGGCCUAAUAUUAAUGGAAAUAAAGAUGGUUCUGGUCCUAGUGGGUUAUCAAAAACAUUUAAGCGUGACCAAAAUGAAAGGCGAGAUUCUAGUUCAGGAAAUGAGGGAGAAGAUUUUUCAGAUGCAGAAGAUUACUGUAUAUAUACAUAUAAAGGAAAUGACCAAGGCAACGUUGACGAAAGAGUUCGAGAAAAUUCCAGAAAUGUAGAAAAUUAUGAAGCAGCGGGAUUACAAUCAAGUGGAAGAUCAAGUCCAGAAAUGGAUUUUCUUGAAAUGGAUUUUGAUCCAGGACCUUCUUGUGAACAGGAUACUGGAGAUAGUGAUUUAGCUUCUAUUACAGAAGAUAUUCAAAAUAUUGCUUUAGAUAAUAUUGAGUCCGAUUCUGUAUUUUUAAAUGACUUGAGCAGUGGAAAAGUAGUAUCUCGACAAUCUGUACCUCUUUCACCCCAACCAUCUCACAGUAAAUCUAAUGUCAAUAUGGAAACAAAAAGCAAAGAAAAUGAAUCGCCCUUUGGAAGUAUGACUACGAAUCAUAAUCAAGCAGCUCAAUGUCUGCCUAGUACUAGUACUACAACCUCAAAACUAGGGAGUCAAAAUUAUUACAAUAACGCUGGAAUUCCUUCGAGAGAAUCACAUGGUUACCAUAAUACGAGCGGAGACUUAAUAUCUCCAGGAGAUAAUAGAGAUGUAGAUUCUGAACUUUGGGCUGAUACUGCUACUGCCGUACCACUUCCUGAAAAUUCUGGAUUGCAAUGGUUAAAAGUUAAUCUCAGUUCUACUUUGUGGCAUCGAAUGAUGGCAAAAAAAUUGAUGCUUCAUAAGCAAACAACUUUUAGUCAGAGUGAAGAAUCAAACUUAGAAAAUGAAUUAUCUAAUGAUAAAAUAGAUGAUUUUCGACCAGUGGAAAGAAUUAUGCUAUGGAGUGAGCAAGAAGCAGCAAUGAAACAAGUAACACAAAUUGCAACAUCUGCGUGUGGUGCCACAUCAGCUGUGAAUGCUCUCCUGGCCCUAGAUGUGCCAUUUUCUCCAGAAGUAUUAGUCAAAGGUGUUGCAACGCGACUUAGAGAACCAGGGACUCCAUUACCAAGGUAUCUAGUAAGUCGAUCGCAAGCUGGAGCAACCCAUAAAGAUAUCAUUCGAGGGUUAUCUUUAGCAACUAAUGGCGCAGUUAUAUCAAAGUUUUUUGCUUUUUAUCCUGAACGAGCGAUAUCUCUUUCACAUUGGCUUUAUUAUUGGAUAUCUAGAGGUGCAGCACCUAUAGCCACUUUAAAUCUUCAAAAUUGUGGCAAAGGAUGUAAAAUUCCUGAUGCUUGGCAUCAUCAAAUGAUUUUUGGAGUCAGUCAAGCAGGAAUUUAUUUAACAAAUCCUUUAGAGUGCCUUCCUGAGCAGCUUGUUUGGCAUCAAUUAGUAAGUCCAAGUGUCUUAUUGAUACGUCGUGCGGAUGUAUUAGCUCAUUGGAAUCCUACUACCGAUUUGACUGCAUUGAUGAGAAUGGAUCAUCGUUGGCGUAGACUUAAUGUACUUGGGCAAGUGGUGAACAUGAUUCGUGAAUCUUCAGAGCACAAUCGUCAACCUGUGAAAGGAUCUGUAAAUGCUACUCAUAUCCGAAUUCCUGCAUCUUAUCAAGCAGGAAUUACAUUAGUAAUGAGGUCUGAUGUACCAGCAGCGGAAGAGUUGUUAAACGCCGAGCAACUACCAUUACUCUAGUCUGAUUUAUCAAUAUUAAAAUUUAAAAAAAAAAAACUAAUAAAGUUAAGAAAUAACAUGUAUAUGAAUAAUGAUAAAAGUAAUUUUCAAAAUGGGCUGUAAGUAAUAUAAUUCUAAUGAUUAAAAGUAGUAAUAUAAAUCCUAAGCCAUAAAAAAUGAAGCAGACACGCACAGAGAAUGUUAAUUUUUCAGUUGAGUAAUAAUAAUGCGAUUCAAUCAACGAAUACACUUUGUGUUUUGAAAAUAAUUAAUAAUAAUUAUAUAUAGACAUUAAAA